GGAAGUAGUCGGACCGGAGUUUUGACAUUAAGUUAGCGAAAACUUCCGACAAGUCACACCACCAUAAUGCUGUGUACACGUCAUUUCAAAUGUGUCGUCGCUGUAGUUUGCGUUGUUCUAGCUUCAGUGUGGGCAAAGAAAGAAGAGACAAACGAAGUGAAUAGUCACGAAACAAAGUCAGAAGUGAAGAGGUCUUUUGAUUCAAUAAACGGACAUAGUGGGCUGUCCGGGUUUGCGAAGAAAUCAUUUGACUCAAUAAACGGCAACAGUGGACUUUCAGGGUUUGCCAAAAAAUCAUUUGACUCAAUAAACGGAAACAGUGGACUUUCUGGAUUCGCAAAGAAGUCAUUUGACUCAAUAAACGGAAACAGUGGACUUUCCGGAUUCGCAAAGAAAUCAUUUGACUCAAUAAACGGAAACAGUGGGCUUUCCGGAUUUGCCAAGAGGCCAUUCGACUCAAUCGACGGGAACAGUGGGCUGUCCGGAUUUGACAAGAAGUCAUUUGACUCAAUAAACGGAAACAGUGGGCUUUCCGGAUUUGCCAAGAGGCCAUUUGACUCAAUCGACGGGAACAGUGGAUUUUCCGGAUUUCACAGAAGGUCAUUUGAUUCUAUUAACGGAAACAGUGGGCUAUCUGGGUUUGCCAAAAGAUCGUUCGAUUCAAUAAACGGCAACCAUGGUUUGUCCGGAUUCGCCAGGCGUUCAUUUGAUUCCAUCAAUGGGAAUGGUGGACUGUCCGGAUUUGCCAAGAAGUCAUUUGACUCUAUCAACGGCAACCAUGGUUUAUCCGGUUUUGCCAGGCGUUCAUUUGAUUCCAUCAAUGGGAAUGGUGGACUGUCCGGAUUUGCCAAGAAGUCAUUUGAUUCUAUUAACGGCAACCAUGGUUUAUCCGGAUUUGCCAGGCGGUCAUUUGAUUCUAUCAAUGGGAACAGUGGACUGUCUGGAUUUGCGAAAAGGUCAUUUGAUUCAAUCAACGGACACAGCGGUUUAUCCGGAUUUGCAAAGAAGUCAUUUGACUCCAUAAACGGAAACAGUGGACUGUCCGGAUUCGCAAAGAAGUCAUUUGACUCAAUAAAUGGAAACCAUGGACUUUCCGGAUUCGCAAAAAAGUCAUUUGACUCAAUAAAUGGAAACCAUGGACUCUCCGGAUUCGCAAAGAAGUCAUUUGACUCAAUCAAUGGAAACAGUGGACUUUCCGGAUUCGCAAAGAAGUCAUUUGACUCAAUCAAUGGAAACCAUGGACUCUCCGGAUUCGCAAAGAAGUCAUUUGACUCAAUCAAUGGAAACCAUGGGCUCUCCGGAUUCGCAAAGAAGUCAUUUGACUCAAUCAAUGGUCAAUCUGGAUUUGUAGGAUUUCAAAAGAGGGACGCAGAACAAGUUGAUGGCAAUAAUUCCUAAAGGAAACGAACUCUGUAAAUUAGACACUGAAAGGUCACCCCUGAAGGUCACAUUGACGUUCAAUAAAAAGUUCCAAACGAACUCACUGUUUAGCCCUCAGUGACUUUUGUUUACCGUACUGCACGAAAAUAAAGGGAAAAUGCGUCUUGAAUUCGGUUAAGUUGUUACAAAACCGAUUUUCUUUCUAAUAAGUAACAUUUUUUUCCGAAUCAAGCAUGUGUUGUAUUAACAGACCUUGGUCUGUAUUUCGCUUUAUUUUUAUAUUGUUAUAUGGAAAACGAAUUAUAGCACUUGUAUUUAAAUGAACAUUUAUUAUGCAAUAAUAUAUACACAUGAA